AUGGGAGGGCGCGGAGCAGGUGUGCCGCAGCUGGGAACGAAGCCCAGGGAAUGCAGGGAGCCUAGAAGUCAGUACAUGGACGGAAGGGGCGUGGCAUUGAGGCAGCAUUACAGGGACGGCAGUUUGCUAGCCGGCACCAUCUCAGAUGUACUCUCGGAAACGUGGAGUGGCAGUCGCACAAGAGGGCGCGAAAGUGCCACGAGCGCGCUGCCCCGAAGCCGGACCCCAUGCGAUCGAAGGGCAUGUAUGGGUGCACGGUUCCCGUCACAUGCGUUCCAAAACAACCUCACACCCUUGUGUGUGCCUGGAUACUUGGCCGGCAAGUUUGAUGCCCAUCCGCCCCGAGCUCUUCUUCCAGUCCACAGCGGCUCUGACUGCCUACGCCAUCACCUUUACAGCCCUGGGCCUGGAUCUCCUCGAGCAGCAUGGCCACACCCGAACCCACAUCCAGCAACCCAUCCAGCAGCAAAAACUCAUCGUCGGGAAAUGAUAAUGUCGCACGCCAAAAAAGUGCUGCCGAAGCAGGGGUGA